AUGCCGCUCGUCAUCUUGACGGGAUACCCGUGCUCCGGCCUCACUCACCGUGCCAACCAGCUCGCAUCGCUCCUCGAGAAACACCAAGAUGAAUUAUUUGCAGCCUCCGAAGCAGGCACGCCAAUGUCAUUGAAGUCCCGAUACAAGAUCCACGUUGUCGCCUCUCACGGCUCCUCGCACCCGCGCAUUGUAUACGACCAUGCCCGUACAGAAAAGGAAGCGCGUGGUGUCGCUUAUGCGAGAGCCAAGCGCGUGCUCAAGCGGGACAGCAUUGUGAUUCUUGACGGAAUGAACUAUAUCAAGGGAUGGAGGUACCAGCUGUGGUGUGAGGCAAAAGCUGCGCAAACAACCUGCUGCGUGGUUCAUGUAGGAACACCAGUCGACCGAUGCAUCGCAAUCAACGACGCUCGACUGCACCGACAAGCUACAGAGAACCAAGAUAGAAGCGCACCAGAUGCGCAAACCCUCGAAGUAAGCGAGACCCUGGCACCAACCAUCGACUCACAAUCCGCCCCAGACGACGAGGAGCCAUACCCCGCCGAAUUGCUCAACAACCUCAUCUUCCGCUACGAGGAACCCAGCACUCACAGCCGCUGGGACAAGCCCCUCUUCACAGUCCCCUGGGAUGACCCCCAACCCCCAGUGGCAGACAUCUUUCAAGCCCUUACAGGCGUGGUCCUCCCAACCACCGAAACCGAAGCAACAGCCCCAAUCCCAAGCCUAACCGACGCCCUUGCAAACUCCACCAUCUCCGAUACAGCCAGCAUAGCAACCGGCACACGAACCAUUGGCGGUAGUCGCGGUGGCCUUUCAACCAGACCCAAGAUUGUCCCCCACCAAGCAACAGUGCAAGCAGCAGCGACUGACUCAAAUGCAAUGUACGCCAUGGAAAAGAAAACCUCAGCCGUUGUGACGGCAAUUCGUACAUUCACCUUAGCAACACCAUCCGCGGAAGUCGCGCUCGCGCAGAGUGCCAAAGCUGAUGGUAUCCUAAUUGAGGUGCCCGGGUCAAUUGUAUCAGUCUUUAUUCCCGCGCAUGUUGCCAUGUCCGGUACGACGGAUGAACUUGCAGGCGCGGGUGGAAUUUUGGCUUUGCCGAAGCUGCAGAGACUGCGGAGACAGUGGAUUAGUUUGAACAGGGCUUAUAUCGGCCGUGGACAAGGCGCUGGUGGUCCUGGGGCUUUAACGGCUGAUCAGGUUGGGGAUGCAUUUGUGCGGUUCCUGAACGCUGAAUUUGGGGGUGGUGAGACGGCUGAGGAUGGGAAUUAA